AGCCUAAAUAUAAAAUACCAAGAAAGGAAGUUAAAUAUACUUUUGACAUUCCAUAUAAAGAUAAUCUCGUACAAGUACAGACACAAGUUUUUUAACUGCGCCACUUGAUAUUUUGGACAUAAGCAGUGCGGAUCAUUUGUACCAACAGGCGAUGGAUCACUUAGUUGUCGUUGCCAUUGAUUUCGGUACAACCUACUCGGGAUGGGCGUUUUCAUAUAGACAUGAUUAUAACCGAGAUCCUCUCAAAAUAUCAGCAAAGAGCAUUCAAGGAAAUACUUUAUCACUUAAAGUUCCAACUUGCAUUCUGAUCAAAUCUGACGGGAAAACCACAGACUCUUUUGGAUAUGAUGCUGAAAAUAAAUAUGCGGAACUAUGUGAAGAGAAUGAACAGCGUCAAUGGUUCUUCUUUAAAAGAUUUAAAAUGAUGCUUUUUAAAGAUGAGGGCAUGACAAGACAUGAUACAAUUGAAGAUGAGACUGGUAAGACGCUACCUGCAAUACAGGUUUUCUCGUUAUCUAUUGAGAGCCUGAUGAAGGAUGUUCUUGAUACUCUAAACAAUCAAGUUGGCACUGUUAUCGGUGUCUCUGAUGUACAAUGGGUUCUUACUGUCCCAGCAAUAUGGAACGAUGCAGCUAAACAGUUUAUGAGAGAGGCAGCACAGAAGGCAAGGAUUCCGGGAAAGAACCUUACUAUAUGCCUUGAACCAGAAGCAGCCUCUGUUUAUUGUCGUCAUCUUCCAGUAUCUAAAGAGGUUACAUCGCUUGCCAAGUUUUCAUCAGGAACAAAGUAUCUUGUUCUGGAUGCAGGAGGAGGUACAGUUGACAUAACUGUACAUGAAGUGACUGACCAGGGAAACUUGAAGGAACUGCAUAAAGCAAGCGGAGGUGAUUGGGGAGGAACUAAAGUAGACGAAGCAUAUGAAGAGUUCCUUACAAGUAUUAUGGGUCCUAGGAUUAUUUCAAAAUUCAAAGCAGAACAUUUGGAUGACUACACUGAACUUUGUCGUAACUUUGAAAAAGACAAACGAAAGAUUUCUCCGACCAAACUAGAUGGAACAGUGACGAUGCGCGUAUUACCUUCCCUUUCAACACUUUGUAAAGAUAUGGCCGGACUUGACUUCACAGAAUUAUUUCUACGGUCAAAAUUCCGCAGCAAGAUCAAAGUUAUGGGCGACAAAUUGAGGAUUAAUGCUGAAGUCUUCGCUGAAUUUUUCAAACCAACCGUUGACAAAAUAAUCAGCCAAGUUGCAGAUUUACUGACAAAACCUGCUGUUCAGGGCUGUGCUUCCAUCCUCAUGGCUGGUGGGUUUUCCGAAUCACCGAUGUUGCAAGAGAAAGUAAAGUCCUCCUUUAGAAAUAUGAGUGUAAUCGUUCCAGAUGAUGCAGUAUUAGCAGUUUUAAAAGGAGCUGUCAUCUUUGGUCAUGAGCCGACAACAAUAACUGAGAGGAUAUGCAAGUAUACAUAUGGGUAUGGAACAACCCAUACGUACAGUGAUAGUUGCAGUCAUCCUAAAGGAAGAGUUGAACAGGAUGGAAAUGGUGACUUACGAUGUUAUGAUAUCUUUAGCAUUUUUGUAAAAGCAGGGCAGUCUGUUAAGGUGGAUGAGGAACAACCAGAAGAAAUAUGCAGGCCUGUUCGCGAUGAUCAAACUGCUGUUGGUUUCGGUAUAUAUGCAUCCUCUUCAACAAAUCCGCAGCUUACUACAGAAGAUGGAUGCAAUCAUAUUGGAACAUUGACAGUGCCUAUUUCCGACACAAGCUCAGGAAGAAACCAUGAAUUUGGAAUAAGUUUCAUUUUUGGAGGGACCGAGAUUGUUGUAAAAGUCGUUGACAAGGAGUCCGGCGAAAUUAUGCUAAAAUCUGUCGAUUUUCUUGGUUAGAAUAUAACCAAACUAAAUCAGAACACUAAAACA